AUGGAGUUCAGCGUGUGCUCCUUGUCUAUCCAAGAGCCGGGCAGCGGCCCGGCUGGUGAGCCGAGGCAGUCUAAAGCCUCCCAGGGCUCGCAGGCCCUCCGGCCCUCCCAGGGCGGCAAGUCCUCCAGCCUGGAUGCCCUGGGUCCCGCCCGGAAGGAAGAGGAAGCUUCCUUCUGGAAGAUCAACGCCGAGCGCUCCCGGGGAGAGGGGCCUGAGGCCGAGUUCCAGUCGCUGACCCCCAGCCAGAUCAAGUCCAUGGAGAAGGGUGAAAAGGUCUUGCCUGCCUGUUACCGGCAGGACCCCGCCCUGAAGGACAGGGAGGCCAAGGCCGAAAGGCCCGGCAACCUCCGCCAGGAGCAGCGCGGCCUCCCCUGCGUCAGCAUCGAGCCCGAGAGACCUCAGCCCGUCCAGGCCCGCCCCAGCACCACCCCGUCCGAGCCUGAGGGGAAGCUUUCCUCUCCCGAGGCCAGGCGGGAGGACAUGGAGGACGUAGAAGACUCUCUGUUCUCGGAACCCAUGCCUACACAGGUCACCUCAAGUAAUGUCGUCUUGAAGACAGGAUUUGAUUUUCUGGACAACUGGUAAAAUCCUCUCCCCUUUUGAAAUGAGCGGCGUGCGCUUUGCUGGGUGGCUGUCGGUGAUGCCCUCGGCUGUGGCGGCCUCAGUGUGCCGGGCUGGCCGUGACCGCGGGAAGAUUCCUCCCCACCCAGCAUUCCCGGAUGCCCAGGGCUCCCUGACGCCACGCCCCUUGCAUCGUGUGCCACGCUCUACCCUCACGUCAUUUCCAGGAACCCCACUGUUGGCACAUAGCAGAGAUGGUCUUCGAGCUGCCCUGAUCCGUACUCGAGCUGUUCGUCGUCGUUUAAGAAGAGUUGCAUGUUUGAAAGUUUUGUAUUAACUUGUCAUUAUUUUGUAUGUAGAGUUAGAGGUUGUGAGGCUCCAUUUCUUCUUGGGCAUGUACUGGUUUCCGUUUGGAGGUUCUUUGCUCCUCCUGUGACCCCGGUGGGUGUUCCCGGGUCCGGGGCAUCUGCAGGAAUGAAGGGCAGGUGGCAGGUGUUGGAGGACAGAGCCCUUCUGAUCGGUUGCGGUAGAACCUUCCAGCGGGAGGCUGGCAGGGGCGGUGGACGUCCUUCAUCCCAAGGACUGCUUAGACUCUCCUGAUGGAUCUCUCUGCCAUCCCUGACCACCAGCAGAAGGAGUCGUCUCUGCAGCGCCCCAGCAGCGCCCCCUGGAGACCCCUUGCGGUCCUAUCCACGGUGUCUCUUGGAGCCAGACUGCUGCCCACUGCCGUUCAGAUGGAGGUGGCCCCCAGGCUGCCUGGGCAAGGUGGCCCAUGCCCCAGGCGUGGUGGGUGGGGCAGGGCGAGGAGGAGAGUGGCCCUUACCCUGGGAAGCCUGCGCCCUGCCCGUUGGCCCCGGGCUGCGCCCCCUGCUGGACAUGCCCGAGCGUGAUCUACACGUUGCCUCUCACUGUGUUCUCCUCACCUGAAGCCUUAACCCCUGUGAGUCCUGCGAGUGAGCGCCCGGUUUCAGUACCAAGGUGUGUCUUUUUAAAAAUGCGUUUCUGUCUCAUACGACAUCCUUAAGUGGUUUCCACAGCGUCCAGGGUAAAGCACGUGGCGCCUUAUUUUCCCCAGGAAGAUUCCUGCCAAAGCCGCGGCCUGGCCAACUUUUGGCUGGGUUUCUGCCAAUCGCAUUAUGUCCCUGAACCUCAUUUGGCCCCUUGGGGUUGUGGAUGUGACCUUCCUACAUGGGUGACUGGCUGCAUUAUGGCAAAUACAGAUUUCUUCUUGUACCAUUUGAGGAUAGUUGAAACGUCCAAGGGGAAAAAAAGGCUCAGAACGUGGCGGGGACGGAAAAGGGAACUUAGAAAUCCCAGCCGGGGUGCCAGCCCCUCGAGUGAGCCACUGAGCCUCAGAGCCGGGCUUCCCACCUGCCUCCACUUCCAGCCUGGAGGGCAGUGCACUGUUUUAGAGCCCGCGCUUGAAAACAGCGUUCCUUAAAAAAAAGAGAGAGAGAGAGAUGUCCAGGUGUGAGUUUGUAUUCGUUGACGCUGAUGUGGCCAGGGAGGAACUGCACCUGGGGACAGUUAGCCCACAGUGAUGUGUCUGUUCUCUUGCGAGACAAUUCUGAGGCCUUUCUGACUUUCUCCUAAAGCCUGGUUAUUCCUUUCACGCCCCCCCCCCCGCCCCCCGCCCCAGGGGGCUGCGGGGACGCAGGGGGUUGUUGAAAGCCUCUGCGUCACCUGGUGCCGCCCUGGGCCCGCUACCCCGAGUGUUUAGCUCUCUCUUACAACAGGGCGUAAUGUUUCAUGAUGGGGCAGCCUCCUGAGAUGAAAUGUAAAGUCACAACUUAGGAAAUCCUCAAGCCGUGUGGCUUUGCUCCGCUUCUGAGAAGGAGACGUGAAGGGGCCCGGAGGACACAGGCUGGCGAAUCCCCAUCCCGCCUGACCUGCGGGUCCUGGUCGUAAACCCCGGGCGGUCUGUGUAAAGAUG